AAUGGCGAGCUCAUUGUACGAGUGUUCACGUGCAGGACGGUACACAGGAUGCUGCGGCGCUGCACGGGACGCGGCCACUAGCCACACAGUGCACCGCCAGCCGCCCACUGCUGCACACUGCCACGCUCUCCCGUACACCACUGCAUGCUGCGUGGACCAGUGAUACAGUAUUUAUGUUUAGUGUUAGGAAAUUAGUGUAGUAUUAUCCUGUUGCCUGAUUGUAUAUAUUAGUAGCAAUUAGUGUCCAAGUGUAGUUCUAAUCUGUUGGACCGGUAAAAGUAUCUCGUUGGAAUUUCCAGCAGUGCGUGCUGUUACAUAAAUAUUGUUGUCCCCCGGCGGCGGCGGCAGUUGCGGCGAGUGCUCGUCGCGCAGCACGCAGCACAGCUCGUCGAGUGCUACACCUACUACUCGCUACUCGCGAUUGCAUCUCGGCAGAGCUUUGAUUGACAGCGGACCUUGGCCUAGUAACGGCUUUCUAAUAGACCAGCGAUCAGAGUGCGGGCGCUGCAGUCGCGGGCGAGUGCUGGGCGCGCAGACAUGGCCGGAGAGGACAAGCGCACGGCGCCGGGCGAGGUGGACGCGGACAGCGUGGUGCGCCAGCUGGGCCAGGCGGGCCGCUUCCACCUGCGCGUGUACGUGCUGAUGGCGCUGGCCGCCGUGCAGGUGGGCCUGCUGCACACCACCUACAUCUUCCUCGCCGCCAGCGUGCCCUACAGAUGCGUGGUCCCGGAGUGCGAGGCGGCCAACAGCAGCGAGUACGCGCCGGGCUGGCUGGCGGCGGCGCUGCCCGCGGGGACCAUCGAGUCCCGCUGCUCGCGCCGCGCGCCAAUAGACGCCCAGCUGCCCUGCCAGGAGGGCACCGCCUUCUCGCACGAGGUCACCGUCUGCGACCACUGGCUCUACCAGGCUAACAACACCAUAGUCUCGGAGUUCAAUCUGGCCUGCCAGGAGUGGAAGCGCACCCUGGUGGGCACGGUGCACAACAUCGGCAUGCUGAUCUCGCUGCCUAUCUUCGGUUACAUCUCCGACCGAUGGGGCAGAAAGCGAGCCUUGAUACUGAGCAGCACGCUGGUGGGAGCCAUCGGCUGCCUGAAGGCGUUCUCCAUCUCGUACGAGAUGUACAUCACGGUGGAGCUGCUGGAGACCAUCGCCGGCGCCAGCGUGUUCCCGGCCGCGUACAUCUUGACGAUCGAGUUGCUCGGCCAGGACAAACGUGUGCUCACCACCGCCUUCCUGGGCAUCAUGCUGGUGCUCGGCGGCCUGGCCUUCGCUCUGCUCGCCAAAACCUUCCAGUACUGGCGCACCUUCAUCCUCGUGGCGUACCCUCCGUCGUUGCUGUUCAUCCUGUACAUAUACCUGUUGCCCGAGAGCAUCAGGUGGCUGCUGUCCAAGGGAAGGAAAGAAGAAGCUGUGGAGAUUAUAAUGAACGCGGCGAAGAUGAACAAAGUGACGUUGUCCGACGAGACCAUGAAGCAGCUGACCGAGGAGAAGGUGAAGCCGCUGGAGAAGAAGGACGAGAAGGCGGAGGAGGGGCUGUGGAUACAGGUGUUCCACUCGCCCAUCAUCAUGACGCGGCUGGCCAUCUGCUCGUGGUGGUGGAUCACGUGCACGUUCGUGUUCUACGGGCUGGCCAUCAACUCGGUGUCGCUGGCGGGCGACAAGUACACCAACUACAUGCUGGUGGUCAGCGUCGAGGUCAUCGCCGUCGUCACCAACGCGCUCGUGCUCGACCGCAUCGGCAGGAAGCGCACGCUGCUCAGCGCGUACACCGUCUGCGGGCUCGCCUGCGUCGCCAUACCUUUCGUGCCCAAAACGAUGGCGUGGCUGGCGACGCUGCUGUACCUGCUGGGCAAGGUGGCCAUCACGCAGGCCUUCAGCGGCAUCUACAUGUACACGUCCGAGCUGUUCCCCACGCAUGCGCGCCACUCGCUGCUCGGCUUCUGCUCCAUGGUCGGCAGGAUAGGGUCCAUCGUGGCGCCGCAAAUGCCACUGCUGGCGAUCUACGUGGAGUGGCUGCCGUCGGUGCUGUUCGGCGUGGCGGCGCUGGUGGCGGGCGCGCUGAUGCUGACCACGCCGGAGACGCUGAACACGCGGCUGCCGGACACCAUCCGCGAGGCCGAGCUCAUCUCCCGCAAGCCGGAGCCACUGCCGCCCAAGGAACAGCACCAGAUGACCACCAGGCCUUGACAACACACGACGCACUUCGGUUAUAUCCAGCAUUGUACAUUACUGCAGCCAUCAUGUGAUUACUAUACAAGAGUAUUUCAGACGAACAUUUGUAGAAUACCCGAACUUACCGAAUUUAAUGAAUAUUGUUAACUUCAAGUUGUUGUCAUGGCACCCCCCUGUACUAGUUAGUUGAGCAGCUUAAUUUAUAAUAUUAUUUACUGUAAAUAUAUGCAUCAGAAGUAGAUAACUUCCAUGUACUGUACAUAGGUACACCACGAGCGAGCAGUUAUUGCAAACUUUAAUAUUCUCUAGUUCUAUAAAUAUUGUAUGUGAUAAUUUGACAGAGGUACGAUAAAUACCCAACAGUAAUGUAUUUUUAGAACACAAGCAUUUCAUACAUACAUAGUUAAACUGUAAGUUAUUGUAGCCGUAUUACUUCGCCACCGCAACCGCUAGAUGUCGCUGUCGCGGGUGGCACAGCAUUUAAUGUCAGUAUACUAUACUGUAAAGUUAAGAGUCUAGAACGACUCAAAUAUUUCAUAUGUAUGUUCCUAAGUACCUCUACACUUCUACCAUGGUUUUAAAGUAUUUGUCGAUACUCGAUAACAACCACGUAAAUGUAUGGGAAAUUCUAAAGCGCCUCUAGCGGCCACUUACGGAAUUAAAUUUGCCAUACAAAAUAAAUUCGCUAUCGAGUUUCGACAAUAUACUUUAAACUCAUGUAGAGACUAGCUGUAGUAAACGUCAGUACAUCACAGAGCCUAACCACAAACACAAUAUGUUUAUUUAUUUAGUGAUAAUUUACCUAUUUAUUAAGUACCCUAAUAUUUUGUAUAGGAAAACCAAGAGAUGAACAAUGUUUAACGAUUAACAGCGAUUUUGUAAUGAAAUCAAAGAUAAAAUAUAAUAAUUAUGUAUACGACAACUAGGUGUUAUUUGUAGGAAUGUAAAUCUGAUUGUGUGUGAAGUUAUAUAUUAGGCAAACGUUCCACGUUCACUGUACAUAAUGUACCUAGUAUGUAUGUAUGUACAAAUAUGUAUAAUGUAUUAGUACCUGUAUGACAAACGAAUUAUUUAUUGGUUUACAGAGGAAUGUUGUGAAAGAGGUUAUAUUUAUUGACACAAUAUUUCCAUCGGUACUCGUGUACAGACAGACAGACCGCAGCCAUACGUGGAGCAUGUGAUAUUUAAUAUAUUGUUGUUUUGUAAAUAAAGUGACAACGUAGUUUCUACUUA